AGGUGGACGGCCCGUUCGCGUGGGACGAGGCGGUGCAGGGGCUGAUCCUGGGCUCGUACUUCGUGGGCUACCUGGUGGCGCAGGUGCCCGGCGCGCUCAUGGCCGAGCGUCUGUCCGCCAAGUGGGUGAUGAUGGCGGCGGUGGUGGCCAACGUGGUGGGCUGCGCGCUCACUCCGCCCGUCUGCCACCACGCGCACUACGGGCUCUUCGUGGCGCUGCGCGUGCUGCAGGGCGUCGGCGCGGGUUUCACCUUCCCCGCCAUGCACGCGAUGAUCGCCCAGUGGGCCCCUCCCGCGGAGCGCAGCGUUGUCUCAGGAGUCAUCUACGCAGGGACGGCGUUGGGCACCGUCGGGUCGACGCUGCUGACGGGCUACCUGACGGCGUACAUGGGCUGGGAGUGGGUGUUCUACCUGAUGGCGCUGCUGGCCGCGCCGUGGUGCGUCUUCUGGAUGCUGUGGGUGAGCGACAGCCCCGACUCGGCCCGCUUCAUCUCGCAGCAGGAGCGCGACUACAUCGCCGCCGCCAAGGGGGACUCCGUGCACGGAAAGAGACUGCCGUUUCCUACUCGCCAAGUGCUGUCUUCUCUUCCCUUCUGGGCCAUCCUGGUCGCUCAUUUCUGCAGCAAUUGCGGCUGGUACAUGAUCCUGACAGAGCUGCCCAGCUUUAUGAAGCAUGUCCUGCACAAGAACAUUAAGGAGAACGCAGGCAUCGCCGCCAUCCCAUACUUCCUGAUGUGGGUGGUGAGCGUGGUCUUAGCGACGGCUCUAGAUCGCCUGCGCACCAGGGGAUCCAUCACCACGAGCACCGCCAGGAAGAUCGCCACGGGCAUCGCAUCUGUGAUACCAGCAGCUUGUCUGGUAGGAAUCAGCUUCAUAAAAUGUGAUGCAGAUGCAGGCACUGCGCUCAUUAUUGUUGCCGUAACUUCCAUUGGAGGAAUGUUUGUUGGAUUUUUGGCAAAUCACAUAGAUAUUGCACCAAAUUUUGCAGGCAUGCUCAUGGCUAUUACCAACACAAUUGCGACAUUGCCAGGAAUAUUUGUGCCUAUGAUAGUUGGACACUUAACCACAGGACAUCAAACAUUAGCACAAUGGAGUAUUGCCUUUUACACAAUAGCUGCUCUCUAUGCUAUCAUGAUUAUCUUCUAUGCAUUGUGUGGCUCUGGAGAAGUUCAAUCUUGGAACAACCCAAAAGCAGAGGAUGAAGAGGAAAAAUACAACAUUGAAGACAAAUAAUUUUGUCAGAAAAUGCUGUAAGUGACUUGUAUCUAUUAUGUUGAGUAGAUGGGGUCAGAUUGGUGUUGGAUAGAAAUGAGUAAAGCUACUCGUAACAUCGUGGAAGAAGAAUGUUAUUAUCAAGGAAAAGUUGGAUAAAGCUGCAAAAAGUUUUAUUGUUGAUGUACUUCAGAUUUUCUUCCAUGCAAAUAAUAAUUCUUGGUUAUUAUUUGGCUGUUGUGAGACAAAUUUGAUAUGGAAAUUUGUUGAUGAACAUUCAAGAAAGAUACACUUCAUAGUUUCAUCAAGCUGGUUGAUACUGAAAGGGUGCAUCCUUGUUCGUGCGAGAAUUUGAAUCAAGAAAGCAUCUUUUUAUCUUAUUUAACAGCUUUCAUUAUGCAUUUAAAUCAUUUUCGUUAUUGUCAUUGUUAAUUUUUAAAAGAUUUUCAUUGUUGUUCUCCAUAUAUCGUGGCAGUGGACAUCUGGCAAUUUUAAGGAUUUUUGAAUCUAUGAACGUAAGUGAUUUAUCUUUUUAAAUGGCCGUCAAACUCAUUUUUAAGUGGGAAUUUCUGUGAGUGAGAAAGUAGUUAUAUUGUGAUUAACUUUGAUUUAGGGACACCAGUAAUUGCUUAAAAAGCAUUUUCUACAGUUGUAGUUAAGGUUUAGUUCAAAGAAUUUAUGUGCAAGAUGUUACAAAACUUUAAAUACAAUUUCUUGAGAUUCUAGAUAUGGAUGUCAUAUUGUCAGAUUCUGGAUGUGGAUGAAAUAUUGUAAUAUGUGAGAUCAUGUGUUGUUUAGAAAUGUUAAAGGUACAAAUGUAUAAUAAUGAUAAAACCCACAUACAAAGAUUUCUAUUUUUAUUAAAAUAUCAGUGAACUUCUGGCUUAAUUUAUGGAAUCUACAUAAAAGUAUUUACAGAACUUUUAUCAUACAUUUUAGGUUUUAAGUCUGUGAAAUGCAAUUUACUUCCCUCAACUUCUUUUAUUCUUGUUUUCUUUAUGUAAUAUUGAAAUGAAAUUUUAUGCCUUACAUUCAAUUCAAUCAAUACAUUCAAUGUAAUAAGUAUAAUUUGUAAAUGUUUUUUGUUUCACAUUCUUUCUAAAAGUCAUUUUCAAAAUUAUUUAAUUUUGUAGACAGUUGAUAAAUAUUUUUUGUAGGUGAACAUUUUUUCAUAUGAAUAAUGAAUUCUUAUGAAUGAUUCUUAAAUAAUUUUGUAUGUUAAAGUCAAAGGCUUUGUUUAAAAUUGCACGUACGUAAGAAAGCUACCAGAUUUUAUUUGCUCAUAAACUCUGUUAUAAUUGAUCCUGUUUGAUCAUUGAUGCAGCUAAUAGUUGUUUAUGUAGUUGAAUGUGUACAGUAGUAUACCCUAAUUGUUUAUUCUAUUAUCCACAAGAAUUAAUUACAUUGAAAAUACAGAAGUAAAAUUUCAAGCAAAUUAUUUGUGCUUCAAUUCAAUAUACUUAUUUUGGGUAACUUAAAAAUGAGAAUAGUCUUCUUCAUUAUCUUUGAAAAUUUAACUAGUUUAUUUAAGAACCGUGGUUUUUAUGAUGCUCUUAUGAAAAAACAUUGUUUCAUAAUACUGCAUUUUCUUGUUGAUUGGGUUUCGUGUAUAAUACAUUAUUCCCUACUUUCUGUAGUGAAUAUAUUAAUCAAAUGUUUUAUCAAAUAUAUUGCCAGUUCAUAUAUAUAUAUAUAUUAAUGUCAUAGAAAUUCUGUAUCUGAAAUGAGGCCAAAGAAUACUCAUUUUAAUUUUAUAGUUCAUCAAAAAUUCAUUCUCUUUCACAGUGUACAUCCAUCAAUAAUAAUUUUAUGUAGAUUAUGAAUAAUAGAUAAAAAGUAAGUUUCAAAUGAUUAUAAUAAUUAAGGCUGUUGUUAUUUUAUGUACUUAUUACAGGAUAAUGAAAAUAUUUUUCAUUAAAGAUAAC